UCCCGCCCCCUUGCUCAAAUAUCAAGCGGUGAAUGGUCAACAGACGGGCUGCUACUGUCUGCUCGUAUCCACAGCGACUUAAUCUGGACCUGGAUGCGUGCUGAAGGAACCUGUUCGCAAUAACAAGAAAUAAAACACUCAUCCGAACAACUGCGGCGUUCAUGUCACCGGAUAAAGAUGCUGUCGGCUUUGGUUAGCGCGUUUUACCUGGGCGACCGGAGAGUUUGGUCGAUGUGACAUUGCUUGAGCUUUUUGUUCUGGUCCCGGACGCAGACCAGCGAUCGUGCGUUGAGAAGAUGUUGAGUCGGCUGAUGAGUGGCAGCGUCAGAAACCUGGAGCGAGAAUACAUGUGUACGGUCAGACUGCUGGAUGAUACGGAGUAUACCUGCACCAUUCAGAGGGAUGCCAAAGGCCAGUAUUUGUUCGACCUCAUUUGCCACCAUCUAAACCUGCUGGAGAAGGACUAUUUUGGCAUUAGAUAUGUCGAUCCGGAUAAACAACGGCACUGGCUGGAGUUCACCAAGUCAAUUUCUAAGCAGAUGAAAUCACAACCUCCGUUCACCAUGUGUCUGCGGGUCAAGUUCUACCCACCAGAUCCUGCUGCUCUAAAGGAGGAGAUCACCAGGUAUCUCGUCUUCCUGCAGAUCAAAAGAGAUCUGUACCACGGUCGUCUCCUCUGCAAAACAUCUGACGCGGCCUUACUGGCAGCUUACAUCUUACAAGCUGAGAUUGGAGACUACGACCCAGGAAAGCAUCCAGAGGGCUACAGCUCCAAGUUCCAGUUCUUCCCCAAGCACUCAGAGAAACUGGAAAGAAGGAUUGCAGAGAUCCACAAGACAGAGUUAAUAGGUCAAACUCCAGAGACAGCUGAGCUGAAGUUCCUGCAGAAAGCACAAAUGCUUGAAACAUAUGGCGUGGAUCCUCAUCCGUGCAAGGAUGUAUCUGGGAACCCGGCUUUCCUAGCCUUCACUCCGUUCGGUUUUGUCGUGCUUCAAGGGAACAAGAGAGUCCAUUUCCUCAAAUGGAAUGAGGUGACCAAACUGAAGUUUGAGGGAAAGACAUUCCAUAUAUAUGCAAAUCAGAAGGAGGACAAAAAGAUCAUCUUGACAUACUUUGCACCAACUCCAGAGGCCUGCAAGCACCUUUGGAAGUGCGGUGUUGAAAAUCAAGCUUUCUACAAGUUGGAGAAGUCGAGCCAGGUUCGUACGGUGUCCAGCAGUAACCUGUUCUUCAAGGGGAGUCGUUUCCGCUACAGUGGAAGAGUAGCCAAAGAGGUAAUGGAGCAGAGUGCAAAAAUUAAACGGGAACCUCCAGAAAUACAUAGGGCUGGCCUGGUGCCCAGCAGAAGCUGUCCAUCCAUCACACAUGGGCCACGGCUGAGCAGUGUCCCGCGCACACGUCGGAGAGCCGUACACAUAUCCAUCAUGGAAGGUCUGGAAUCCUUGCGGGACAGCGCUCACUCCACUCCCGUGCGUUCCGUGUCCCACGGCGACUCCUUCAUGCCACGUUCGCGCAGCCAUUUGACGGACUCCGGCGACGGGACGGCGGUCAUCUCCGACGAGACCUACAGUCCCUCCGACAGCGUUCUGCCAACGCCGGUGGCCGAGCACAGCCUGGAGCUGGCAGUCUCGCGCCAGAUCAACGGCGCCCCCUGCAGCAUCGAGGAGGAGAAAGAGUCGGAGGCGGGCACGCCCUCCGUGGGCGACGUGGCCGAGUUAGGAGCGGACAGUAGGGCGGCAGGCCCCUUGCAGAGCGCAGGUGGGGAGGCCGCGCUCAGCGAGACGGAACAGGUGAAUAAGUUUGUUUUAAGUGUACUCCGUCUGCUCCUUGUGACCAUUGGACUCCUCUUUGUCUUGCUCCUCCUCCUCAUCAUCCUCACUGAGUCCGACCUUGACAUUGCAUUUUUACGUGAUAUCCGCCAGACCCCCGAGUUUGAGCAGUUCCAUUACGAAUACUUUUGUCCCCUCAGACGGUGGUUUGCCUGCAAGCUCCGCUGGGUGGGCGGGCUGCUCAUUAACAAGUGAAAAUGAGGCGCUAAAGCUCGUAAAGCCUCCCUUGUUGGGGUCGAGAAGACGCUAAACACGUGGAGAGAGAGAGAGAGAGAGUGACGGAGGGCACCGACCUGUCCCAUGAACCCAGCUUCUUUCAUGACACUCCUGCUGAUACACGGUGGACCACCAGGCCCACAGCUCCUCUUCUCUUCCACUUUUAGUUCUUUCUCCCCCACCCAUUUUUACACUUUUAAUUUUUUCUUCUUUUUUUACAAAGACAUUUUUUUGGCUUUUCGUUUCCUUUUUUUGGAUUUCAGGUCAUUUCAGGUAUUUUAUUUUUACAAAAAAAUGCAAAAAAAAAAUACAUAAAACUUAAUUCAAAGACUUUAGAAGAUUAUAUUGUUCCUUAAAUAGGGAAUAUAAAAUAUUUUGUUGCAACAAGAGAAUGUUGCCUUCGUUUAUAUUUAUUUUACAAUAAAAAUGAUUAAAGUCUCAUUAAAGAAUGUGGUGCGUUAAGUCUAGAGAGACGGCAAGUCGGUUCAGUAUAGUGGGUUCGAAAAGAACGAGAACGUGGAAAACCAAUGCUUUUCUGAGUUUAUGCAUAAUUCAUAUCCAUCCGUCAUUUAACUCUUAGUAAUUUUCUGAAGGCUGCUAUAAUUGACCACACCGACGAUCAGAUCAGCAGAGGGUUAUACGUAAGGUAAGAACGUGCAGGUUAUUUUGGAAGCGAGACCCGAGGAAAGACUGGAAAUGAUGGUAUUUGAAUAAAAUUGAUGGGUACAUUUGAGUUCUGUAUUUGGUGGCUUGAGAUUUAGGGUGUCAAAUACGUUUUAGGAAUAUAAUUGUGUUUAGGCGGUAGCAAGCUGUGAAGUAGAAAUCAUUUUAAAAAGGUUCUUUCUAAUGGAUACAGAAAAAUUUAUUGGUAUAAAUUGUGUUCUGUUAUGUGACCCAAUAGUGUCAAUAUAUGUUAAAGAAGUUCUCAUGAUUGAUUUAAAAGCAACUAGCGCCCAGUCUAGCUACAGUAGAUGUGCAAUACUGUAAGGGUUUGAUUUAUAAGAAAUAAGUUUUUCACAAAUAUGUGCAUUUGCUUUAUUUUAUUAUUGUUUUUUUUAUUUUCCAUCCUGAUUCUUUCUCAAUAGAAAGAAAUCCCAUUGUAUAAAGUAAUAUUUUUUUUAAUUCCAUAUCAGCCUUGCUCCUAAGUUUGUAUUUUGUGAAUAUCAUGCUAUGAUUAUUCUUAAUUACAAUAACAAUGCUGUACUUUUUGUACAAAAAGUAGUUAGUUUCCUAAUAUAUCGACAGUUUUUCCAUGUAUAUUUUAACAGAAACUGAAAUGUUAUUUUGUUAUUGAAAAUUAAAUUAUACCUUUUUUAGCUCUGUGUUUCAGAUGAGGUCUAGAAUCUAUGGCGUUUCUGUCAAGGGAGACACGAGAAAGAUUUUUAUCCAGAUCCACAAUCCAUUUCCAACUUAACCAUUAAUGAGAAAACCAUCCCUGCGCUUUGUAUAAUGGAAAAGGCCCAGUAUUUCAACAAUAUGGAUUGCUUUAUGCACAGUUUAGCCAAAAGACUGUGUGUGUGUGUGUGUGUGUGUGUAUGUUUGUGUGUGUAUGCUCAUAUUUUAACAAUUGAUGUUUUUGGCAAUAUGUACUAGAAGGCCAGGUUUAGUCUUUAGUACACUUUGUCCUGAUUAGUCUAUAGUAUUUAUUUAAAGACAAACAAUUCUUCCAGUGGCAUGCCAGUUGGACAGGGGUUUUAUUUUACCAAACACGAUCUAGCUCUGCCAGAUAGAGGAAGUGAAUGGAAAACACAGACAAAGCAGACUUAUUUUUGUGUAAAGCGAAAAAGAGACAAGUUACAGCCAGUGGUAAUUACCGUAUUAAGGGGGGGCGCUUUAGAUCUUACAUUGGUAUUCACACUACGAUAAAUUACAAUAAUUACAGCUUUUGAAUAUAGCAUUAGUUUGUGGCAGCUCACAAGCUUGGCUUUACCAGUGCUGUUAUUUUAAACGAACAUGCUUCGAUCCACUAAUCACAAUGCUGUUGUGAGGCCAGAAUCACUAUGGUGCUAGUGAACAAAUGGUUAGGAUGGCUGAGAUGUGUUUUAGGAAGUGGCUGACUGUAAUAUCGUGUUUGAUUAGCCGAAUUGUGCAGUCGGGUCACAUGCCUUUAUAACCAUUUCAUAGAACUGCUGUCUUCCACCGACUACAUGAGCUUUCAGCUACAACACGCAAACAUGAGGCGCAAAACCGUAGCAGAAAUUGUUGAAACCGCCAACACAAGGAAAAGAGAGCGAACCAUUGGAGUUAUGCAUGUCUCUUUCCUUUAGAAGCGUUCAUGCAUGCAUUUAUAACAUCUCUGAUGUGCCAAGCGUUGUGGUGGCUUAAGUCCAUUUAUAUUUUUGUAGAACCUGAAUAAACAGUACAAUAUUACAAUGGUCUUGCGGGUACCUGCAUGCCACUGAUGAUCGGUUUUACCGAUUCAUAUCGAUAAAUUGAUUUUGAUCAGAGAAAAAACAUGCUUGGAAGGCUAGUAAAGGUUUUAAAGGAAAAAGAAGAUAACUGAUGGGAUUUUACUCAUUGACAGCAUUAUGUAGCCUCAGCGGUCAGUCCUGCAUGGCAGCGCCAUUCAAUAAGCAAUAACCUGAAUUGUAGAAUAAUUUGAAUGAAUCUUUUUGGUGGUUUUUGUGCUGUUGUGUAGCAAGUCAAGACUACCAGAUGUUUUCUUAGGAGUUCAGAAUGAAUCCAUUUCAUUUGAGUUAGACGCAAAAUUGCGAUUUUAACUAAAAAGCUCAUUUUAUAUGACAUUUAUUGCCAAAAUUUGCUACAUUUUAUACUCAUCGUGAGCACUCGUCAUCUUGUUUGGAUCCUGAACAGUCAGCGUGUGCCGUUGUUCUGAAGUUUUACGCUUCUUUUUGUCCUUGGAAUCCUAUUGCACAAGUUUUGACUAGUGCAGACUCCUUCCUAGACUCGUAGAUCAAGGGCAAUUGCUGCACAAGGAGGAGUCCUUGUGAACUUUUACUUUAUACUUUGUCUCUAGACAGUUUUCCUGUACUGUAUGGCCAGGUUUGACUGUGAUGAAUGCAAGGGUCCGGUAAAGGACAAUUGUCAGCUAAAUCGGUUCAUCGUUUCUUUAAUCUAACUGGGUUAUGUCACAAGGUCCCUCUGUGAACUUUGUAUAGAAGUAUUUUUAUGCUUCUUUGUAUGCAUAGUAGAGUUGAACACUUAUCAAAUGAAGGAGUAUUACUGAACACCGCAGAUAAAGCACUUCACUGGCUUAAACUACACCUUGACAGCAUGUACAAAACGUUACAGCUUCAAGCGAUCCCCAUCAGCCUAUUAAAGAUGGUGAUUUUAAUAUUCAAGGUCUGUUAUUGUUGGCUACAGCUGUUAGAUUCUGGUUUGCAGUAGUGAAAUCGUACUGAAUGGCUGCUGUUCUUUAAGAGUUGGAGCUCAUUCCAAGUAAGGUCAGAAUGUCCUCCAUGUAAUUUAAUGAACUGCUCGCAUUAGACAGCAGUUGUGUGAUCUCUCAGAUCGACUAGGUUUAGUUCUGAAAUCAUUCUACCAGGGACUUUCAAUUGCAUUAUCAUUAGAAUGAAUGCUCCUUACAUGCUUGCAUACAAAUUCCCAAAUUAUUUGGUAAAAUCUGACUUCACCUGAACCGUAGCUUUAAGAUCUACUGUGGCGCUGAGAUCCAGUAAAGAUCAGUGGUGGCAACAUGCUUCAUUUACUGUACUGUGCUUCUGUCACUUUGCCAGCCCCCACAGUCCCUUCAACAGCUAUGCAUAUACAUGCACAUUUGUUUAUGCAUAGAUGUGUCUGUGGGCGUUUUUUUUUUUUUUUGUAAUCUGCAUCUUUUCUGUUUGGGACUAGAUGUCGCUGUUUAGUUCCUUAAUAUAUGAAUAUUGAAAUAUAUACAAAAUUUAUGUGCCAAAUGCAGUUCCUGUUAAGUCAGAUUCAUUCCAAAACCAUCUUUGUACUGUAGGAAACCUUCCAUGAAAAUGGUAUAAGAAAUUGUUUAACUGAUAGUCCCUUGUAACUGGUGCCAUGGAAAUAUUCAAACUUGAAAUAAACAUUCAAAAGAG